UUUCUGGGCAAUUAUCGAAGCGAUUGUUCAGCUCCUAGACAUGGAGUGGCCAGAUAGCGAGUCUCGAGGUGAUAUGCACUCCCAUGGAGUCAGUUUGAUUCGGAGCAAUGAAGACACCGGACAAGGUGAAGAAAGUGUGCGCGUUCGAGAAAGAUCCCGGCAAAGGGAGCAUCUCAUCGCUGUGGUCAGUGGUUCUCCUCGUUAUUUGCGUGUCCCUUUAUUGCAUCUCCGUUCUCAAGUUUAAUAGUCUCCCAAGACCGAAUUCCGGUCGCUUUAGUGGAACAAAUGCAAAAGAGUAUCUCCGGAAUUUGGCCAAUCUUGGUCCUAGGAUUGGUGGCAGCAGAGCUAAUGAAGUGGAAACUGUGGCCAUGCUCGUGGACUGGCUCACGGAAAUUCAAAGCUGGGCGGGGAAUUUUGGUUACACCAUAGAUGUUGAUGUUCAAAUAGCCGACGGAAAUCUUCAAAUUGACUUCACUUCCAGUGCAGUGUCCGCUGUGUACUAUGGAGUGAAGAAUGUUGUGGCCAGGCUGCGUCCCAAUGGUCAGACAAUACCUGAGAAUGCUCUGCUGGUUAAUGCCCAUUUUGACUCUGUACCCACGAGCGAAGGCGGAGGAGAUGAUGGCUCUAUGUGUGCUGUAAUGCUGGAGACUCUGCAGCAAUUAGUGAUGAUUCCAUAUUCUGCCGAUGUGGAACAUUCGGUUAUUUUCUUGUUCAACGGCUUCGAAGAGAACGCCUUGCAAGGCUCCCACGCCUUCAUAACGAAGCACCCCUGGGCGCAAUCCGUGAGAGCUGUCUUAAACCUCGAGGCUGCGGGCAACGGAGGCCGAGAAAUGGUCUUCCAGGCAGGACCAAAACAUCCCUGGCUUAUGAACCACUACAGAAAAUCCGUCCCUCGACCUUAUGCCUCCACCAUGGCUGAGGAGAUGUUCCAGGCAGGGAUGAUUCCCUCAGAUACGGAUUUCAGAGUCUUCAGGGAUUAUGGAAAAAUACCAGGAAUGGAUUUUGCUUAUGCCUACAACGGAUACGUUUAUCACACCGAAUUUGACACCGAAAAAAUCUUCCCAGCAGAGAGUCUUCAGCAUGCUGGAGACAAUGUUCUACCACUUAUUGAGUCCCUGGUCAGGAGCGAGGAAUUGAAAGAUACCAAAAGCCACGAGGAUGGUCAUGUGGUUUACUAUGAUUUCUUCAAUGUUGCGCUGAUUUACUACAGCGAAACUACAGGUGCAAUUAUAAAUGCCAUCCUGGCCACAAUCGGCGUGCUUCUCCUGGCCAUUUCGUGCUUCUUCUUCGUCCGCCAGGGACAGAUUUCAGUGCUGGUGUUCGCUAGGGAAUUGGGAUUCACCAUGAUCAUCCAAAUGCUCUCGCUAGCCGUGGGCGCUGGAUUGGUGCUCCUCGCCGCUGUGAUUUACCAUGCAGCCGGACGCUCAAUGGCCUGGUUCACCUCAUCAUACCUGCUCUUCUUCCUGUACUUCUGCCCCUUCUUUCUGGGUUUGGCUAUUGGGCCUGCCUGUUUUGUGGGUUUCCGCAAGGGGAAUCCACUGAGCAUCCCACAAAAUGCUCAGCUCUUCCUCCACAUCCAGCAUCUCUUCUACAUAGUCGUACUCUCCGCCUUCACUGGCAUGGGAAUCCGCUCCAGCUUCCUCAUCAUGAUCCCUGUCUUCUUCUACGACAUCAGUCUCCUCUGUAAUGUGGCGCUGAAGCUGCAAGCCAAGCCUCAUGCUUGGAUGUUUGUCCAUCUCGCCUGUCAAAUCAUCCCCUUCAUGUGGUUUUCCACCAACAUUGUCGCUCAAUUUACCGCGUUUAUCCCUAUGCAAGGACGUGGAGGCUCAUCUGGAAAUCCCGAACUCCUCAUGGCGGGCUUCUGUAUCCUGUCAGCGGCACUCCUAGGAAGCCUCCUCAUUCCUCUCAUCACAGUUUGUCGCAGUCCGAGAAUCACAGCACUUCUCUUUGCUGUGCUGUGGAUUGUGGGCAUCAUCCUCAUGGCCACGCCACUGGGAUUUGCCUACCGAGAAGGGAAAACACCACAGAGAUUCUCCAUUUAUCACAUGAACCGCCAGUUCCAUUCCCUCUCAGGAAGUGUCCGAUACUCAGAUGCCGGCUUUUUCGUCAUUCCCACUGAUUCACACGGACGAAGUGUGAUCAAGGACAGCUUUGGAGAAUCCCUGAACAUCACUGAAAGAUGCAAUGAGGAGUUUCUUUGCGGAUUCCCCUUCGGCGUAGGAUCCAGCUUCUGGUAUCCAGCCGCGAGAUCAGUGAUUCCAGACACCGAAGUAGUGCUCACUGUGAGUCAGAGGGAAGUUCAGGAUGAUGCUGUGAUCCUUCAUUUUACACUUCAAGGGCCCGAUAGGAUGCAAUUACUCAUUUCACCACAGAUUGGAUUAACCCUAGCAGAGUGGAGCUUCGAGGAAGCAGUUCCUGAUCACUUCAGCAGAGCUUGGCAAGGCAGGGGAGUCUAUUUCAUCACCUAUACCAACUUCCGAUUGGGUGUUCCCCAGCCCAGAGAUACAACCGAAUUCUGGCUAAAGUUUAAUGGAAAUCCACAAACAACUGAGAAAAUUGUGGACAUCGCUGUCAGUGGCGAGUAUAUCUGGUAUCACGAGCAGAAAUCCAGUGAAUUCCGUCAGAAGAUCAGCGAAUUUCCCUCCUGGAGCACCGUCCAUUCCUGGAUCAUCUCUUAUGAUCUCUAUGAGUUUUGAACGUUUCGAAAAUAAA